UGGAAGAAAAACAAAACAUUCGAAACAACAACAACGACGGAAAAACAAUCAAGUCACAGGAUUUAUUGCGACCAAAAUGCAAAUGAUGACAUUGAUGAUGAAUCGAACCACCGUUAUCAAUGAAAAAACAAUAAAAUUUUCAUUCGAUAUUUUCCUUGCCACAAUCAUUAUAUUCGGUUUGAUUGUCUGCAUUCUGGCAUUAAUAUUUUCAAUUAUAUUCAAUCGAAAAUAUUCAACAAAAUAUUGGAAUAAAAUAUUUGUAAAACAUAAAGAUAAUGAUGUUGUUGAUGGUGGUGGUAAAAAACAAUUCAAUCAACAACAACAACAACAAAUCUAUAUUGUCAAUAUGAUCUAUUUUCAUCGACGAUCAACAAUUGAUUUAGAAAAAACAAAAGUUUUUAUAAUUUUUUUUAUCGGUUCAGAUCAACCGACAACAACACAACAACCACCAAUAUCGAUACAAAUUACAUCCAAAUUUUUUAAUCAAACAAAUAUGUUUAAUGAAUUUAAAAAUGAUUAUCGUGUUAUCAAGUUUUUACUUAUCAUUGAAUCUGAAAUCAAAAAUGUUGAAAAAAUUGCCAUAACACAUGAUUAUCCGAAUGGUGAACUUUAUGUUUCAAUGAUUAGCAUACAAAACACUAAACAUAGUGAUGGUUGGAUUAGUUGUAUUGAACAACGUAUUAAAUCAAUACCGAUUGAUAAAUGUGAACAAAAUAUGUUUCUUGCUAGUCCACAAUCGAAUAUGCGUUUGGAAGGUAGAUUUGCAACACCAACUUCCAUACGUGUACUUGAUCUAUUUUCACCAACAUUUUUAUCAUUUAAUCUAUUAUUUCGUGAAUGUAUCAAUCGUAUUGGUUCAUAUUAUAUGAUUGGUUCGAUUUCCAAUUAUUAUAUUGGUAUUUAUGCAGCAAUCAAAUGGUUUUUUGUUGUUAUCGGUAGCAUUGGUGUUAUUUAUGGUUUUUUCUAUCAAAUUUUAGCCGGAAAACCGAUACAAAAAUUCAAUUAUAUAUUGACUACAAUAUCAAUAUCAUGUAUGAUUGUUGCCAUACAUGUUGCCAUUAAAAAUAUUAACCAAUUUGAACAUGAUGAUUUUGCAAAUGAAAUAAGGAUUAGUUUUAUGCUUGGAUCGGCCAUCAUUAUGUUUUAUGCCAUUCCAAUGAUAAUGCUUUAUAUGACAAUUACAAGAGUUUUGUUUGAUAAUGCUAAAUAAUUUGUUCGAAAAAA